UUCUCCCUUCACUUCUCCUCGAUCUCACGCUUACGACGCGGAGUUAAUAGCUAAGCGAAUGGGGCUCUGCUUGUCGAGCGGCGUGGCGGCGGCCGCGGCCGAGGCAGGGAUGUCGACGGCGAUGGUGCUGCUGCCGACCGGGGAGAUGCGCGAGUACCCGCGCCCGGCGACGGCGGCGCGGGUUCUGGAGGACGUGGCCGCGGCCGGGGAGGAGGGGUGCCACUUCCUCUGCGACGCCGACGCGAUGGGCUUCGAGGGCCCCGUCUCGGCGGUGAGCGCCGCCGCGGAGCUCUGUCCGGGGCAGAUAUACUUCGUGCUGCCCGCCGAGGUGCGGCGGCGCGGGUUACGCCGCGAGGAGGUGGCCUCCCUCGCCGUCAGGGCCUCCGCCGCGCUGGCCGCCGCCGCCGCGUCCGGGUGCGGCCGGCGGAGGCGCGGCUCCGUGGCGCCGCUCAUGUUCGCGCCGCCGGAGGAGGAGAACUACGAGAGCUCCGGCGCCUACAAGCCCAGUGCGUCGCCGGCGGCGGGGAAGAGGCGGCCGGUGGCGCGCGUGCGCGGCGGGAGGAAGGGCAGGCAGUUCGCUCCGGAUCUCACCGCCAUUCCCGAAUGCGACAUGAUCGCCGAGUGAGAUUGGAGAAAAUCCAAACCAAAUUCGACGAAUUCAAACCCCAAAUUCGGAUCUGGAUUCGAAUUUGCGCCGACGACUCCGGUCGUUCCGGAAUCACGACGAACACGCCAGCAAGCGCGACAACGGCGGAUGAGCUGUGAGACUGCAGGUGGGCCCAGCGUUGCUUGGCCGUCGGAUCCCGAUCGGACGGAGGCCGCGGGGAAUACGAGGAGAUUAAUUAGCAACGCUAAUUACCUCUCGUAAGAAUUAGUUAGCAUUUCAUAGGAACUUUCUGUUGGUGUUUGAACAGAAGAGGAUGGAGACGAAAAGAAAAAUGUGAAUAGAAAUUCUCCGGCGUUUGAUUUCUCCACGUGUUUGUCUCAUGCUCUCAAAUGGGUUACUACUAUGUUAUUAUUAUGAGUUAUACAAACAAACAAAACAUCUGUACCACCGGACAUCUGGGU